CCUGCCAAGUGCCAAAAUGUAGUUUGACAAACAUAACCUGUAAAUAUAAUAUACCGUUAUCGUUCCGUUCAAAAUAAACCACAAAAAAUAAUGCUUUUGCCAAAUACAUAAAAUUGAACAAUGGCUGAGGCUUUAACAAACGUACUGAACGACAUUUUAAAAGUAGAAGGCAUUGAAGAAGCCUUUAGUUGCUUCCUAGUGCACCGCCCCGGUGCUGAAAAAGAAAAGGUGAAUUUAUGGCAACAAGAAUUAAACACGACUCUUCGCAGUAUUCCUCAAGAGCAAUUAGACACCGCUUUGCGUCAGUAUCUCAAUACGGCGGUAAUAUGUUCCCAGAGCAAGUUGCAACUCUUGAUGGAGCUCCUGGAAGGCAUUGUUCGCAACGGUACAAUCGGAGCCCGCAUCGUGUGUGAAGUAGUAAUGAAUUUUGAUAAAUUGCAAUACACCAAUGCGCGAUUCUGGAUUGAGUGUUUCAAGCUUGUGAGAAAAAUCAUAGAUUUGGUUGAAUACAAAGGCGUUCGUGAGAUUAUGAAAGGAUGUUGCGAAAAAGCAAAGAGUCUUCCAUGGCGGCUAAACGCGGGUCUGCAGCCUCAAACACAAGCACUUUUAAGCGUUGCUGAACGAAUUAUGGACAGAAAUGCGUGCCUCUUACCUGGCUACCUCCUCGUAAAUGAGUUACAGAAGGCUUACCCUGAUUGUCCCCACUGGCGUCUUGCUGCCCUUUUCUCCGAUUAUGUCGGAAGUUUCAGGGCUUGUGCCCAAAUGGUGGCCAUUGUCGGACAAGCGGAAAUGCGUCCAGUCGUGGAGCAUAGUGGAUGUCCGGAACACCUAGUCAAUCCUUGGAAACUCGACCCUUCCACUUUGAGGUUCAGUCUCAAGGGCACUUUGCCCUACUCUCCUGAAUUAUUAGAGAAACAGACGGGUCUGUUGAGAUACGUUUUGGAACAACCGUACAGUCGAGACAUGGUGUGUGGUAUGCUAGGCUUACAGAAACAGCAUAAACGACAUUGCGCCGCCCUUGAAGAACAACUCGUUGAAUUAGUAAUCCUGGCUUUGGAACGUACGGAAAAUGAAGGCGACGAGAGUGCCACUCAAGGCUUGUGGCUACACUUAUCGUCCCAAUUAAUCUAUUUUGUUCUCUUCCAAUUCGCGAGCUUUCCCAAUAUUGUCAUUUCGCUGCAUUCGAGGUUACAAGGAAGAGACUUGCGGAGAGGCCGUGACCAACUUAUGUGGGUCCUUUUACAGUUUAUCUCGGGUUCGAUUCAAAAAAACCCUCUUUCAAACUUCCUUCCGGUUUUGAGACUUUACGAGCUGCUAUUUCCCGAACAGGAGCCCCCUUUACCCGUUCCGGACUUCAACCAACCACAAUGUACAAGACAGAUGGCUAUGACGUGCAUCUGGAUUCACUUGACGAAGAAAGCGCAAGCCGAAAUGACGAACUUGACUUGGCCGAUUCCCGCCAAAUUGCGCAACCAUCAUGAUUUUCUCCAACAGUUAGUACCACCCAAUAACACAGUUUUAGCAAUGGGAAAUGACUACAGAAUCGCCCUAUUAUGUAACGCAUAUUCGACGAAUCCGGACUAUUAUAGUAAACCGAUGGCGGCGUUAGUUGAGACGAUUCAAGGAAGUCCGAAGUCCACAGCGCCACCUACCGCUCCUUUAAGCAUGGCAGUGUUGGACUCACUGACUGUGCACUCAAAAAUGAGUUUAAUCCAUAGUAUAGUGACCCACGUGAUUAAAUUAGCCCAGGCUAAGUUAGGAAUGCCACUUUCACCAGCUUUGGUCGAAACCUACAGUCGCUUAUUGGUGUAUACCGAAAUCGAAUCGUUGGGAAUCAAAGGAUUCAUAAGUCAGUUGCUCCCCACCGUUUACAAGUCACACGCCUGGGGCACUCUUUACACGCUUUUGGAGAUGUUUAGUUACCGCAUGCACCACAUUCAUCCCCACUACCGUGUCCAGUUACUCAGUCAUCUGCAUUCGUUAGCCGCAGUUCCGCAAGCCAAUCAAACCCAACUCCACUUGUGUGUCGAAUCGACAGCUUUGCGUCUCAUAACGGGCUUGGGAAGUGGAGAAGUUCAACCCGAAUUGAGCCGGUUUUUAGCCGAACCCAAGACAUUAAUUUCAGCGGAAUCCGAAGAGUUGAAUAGGGCGUUAGUUUUGACGUUAGCUAGAGCCACUCAUGUGACGGGGGCGGAUGGCUCGUGGUGCCACGAGUUGUUAGCGACCAUUGCACAAAGCACGCCGCAUGCAUGGGCCCCUCACACGCUUGAAUGUUUCCCGAGAGCUCUCGCGGAAUUUUUCACGCAACAUGCUGUUCCCAAAGAAAAUAAACAACAGUUGAAAAAGGCUGUAGAGGAGGAGUAUAGAAAGUGGUCUUCUAUGAACAACGAGAAUGAUAUGAUGGCCCACUUUGGAGUCGCGGGGGCCCCACCGCUUUUCUUAUGUCUCCUGUGGAAGAUGUUGCUCGAGACUGAUCACAUCACGCCGAUUGCAUAUAAGAUUCUUGAAAGGAUCGGUGCGAGAGCACUUUCGGCUCAUCUGAGGAAAUUCUGUGAUUGUCUCGUCUUUGAAUUUAGUAAUUCUCCAGGAGGACAACAUGUUAAUAAAUGCGUCGAUACUAUCAAUGAUAUGAUUUGGAAGUACAAUAUUGUGACAAUCGAUAGGUUGGUCCUGUGUUUGGCGUUAAGAACGCAAGAAGGCAGUGAAGCUCAAGUCUGUUCUUUUAUUAUUCAGUUGGUGUUGCUCAAAGCUACUGAGUUUAGAAAUCGAGUGCAAGAUUUUGUGAAAGACAACUCUCCAGAUCAUUGGAACCAAACCAAUUGGCACGAAAAACAUUUGGAAUUUCACAGGAAGUACCCCGAGAAGUUUGCACCGGAAGAACAAUCGAGUGGUUAUCAUCCCUACUUCGGUAACGUCUGUUUGCGAUUUUUGCCGGUUUUUGAUAUUGUCGUACACCGAUUUUUGGAAAUCCCACAAGUGACUAAAAGUCUGGAGAUUCUUUUAGAACAUUUGGGUUGUUUGUAUAAGUUUCAUGAUCGUCCUGUUACCUACUUGUACAAUACGUUACAUUACUACGAGUCUAGACUUCGAGACCGACCACCUCUGAAACGACGUCUUGUAGCUGCUGUCUUAGGAACCCUCAAAGAGAGUCUCUCGGAGCCGUACCAACUUUACCUCGGACGAGCCGCUGACGAAAUGUGGACACCCGAAUUGGACUACUACAUCCAGUUAGUCAAACGAGUCGUCGAUAUUCUAGGAGGCGCUACCGCCAACUCCGUAAUUGACUGGCGUUUUAACGAGUUUCCGAAUGCUGGGGCUCAUAUUCUUUACACCAGUUGUGUGGAACUGAUGGCUUUGUCAGCAGGUCCGGUGGCUGUGGCUAAUGGCUUGCUCGAUGUUGUGGCUAAAGGUUAUGUCACAAUCCCACCUUCUGAUAUCCACCAAUGGGUUAACGCCGUUGGUUUGAUCCUCGCUGCCCUCCCGGUUAGCUACUGGAGUGUUCUCCAUGACCGGCUGGUGGCCACUUUAAACGAGCUAGAAACGUGGACUUUCGACUGUUCACCCUUCCGUCUCUUCGAUUUUAAAGAAACUCACGCCGGACUUCUUCAUAAUAAUUUCAGUUAUAUGUUGGCUUUGGCCCAUUCGGUAUGGCAUCAUGCUGGGCCGGGACAGAUCGCCAGUGUGCCCCGUUGGGCGCGUGAUUGUUUACCGACAGUGGUACGGUCUGAAGAACAGUUUCUGUAUGUUUGCCAUCUUGUGGGGCCGUUUUUGCAACGGUUUAAUAUGGCGAUAGUGGAAUUGACGAGUGCUUUGUAUGAACUGUUAGCACAAGUGGAUCACGCGCAAAGCGAGUUGAAAUAUAUGGACCCGAUCUGCGAUCUCUUGUAUCACAUUAAGUACAUGUUUGUGGGGGAUAGUAUGAAGAAGGAAUUGGAGACUGUUGUGCGUCGAUUAAGGCCGCCUUUGCAAAUGAGGUUGAGGUUUAUCGCACAUUUGGCGAUUGAAGAAGUUAAUGCAUCGUAACUCACUUGUAUUAAUGUUUUUACUUUUACUUAAAUACAUUUUUAUAUAAAAGA